CAAAUGCGCUUGAAUUGACUCAUAACAUCAAGCCGGUCAUGUGCGCAGAUGGUACUAAACUUCUUCUUUUCUGCGCAGCAUGUCUUGACAAGCCAAAACAACAUGGCGGAUCCUGGAAAGAGAGGAGCUCCCAAAAAGAGAUGCCAUAGCUGCAAUGGCAGCAAUGCCCUUGCACGAAGAGUUUGUACAACGUGCAAGGCCCCUUUCCCUCCCCCCAAAAAGAAGGAAAUGAGGGGGGAUGGGAAUAUCACCCACCAAAGAGGACAUCUUUUCGAUAGGGCAGAUGUCCUUCAAAAGGAGCACGGCGUGGAUGUGGUCGUCCUUAUGUUUGGACGGCACGGCAAAGGGACGACCACAUCCUGCUACGGCACAAGAGGAAGGGGCCUGAAGUUUAUCGGGGACCAGCAGGAGGCCAAACCUGACGAGGAUGGCCAACUUGCCUUCCGCUUGUUUGAUAGAUUCAUGAGAGCCCAAAGAAAAACACCCGCGGCAACAACACCACCCACGGGGGCACCCGCGGCGACAACACCACCCACGGCAGCACCCGCGGCGACAACACCACCCACGGCAGCACCCGCGGCGACAAUACCACCCACGGGGGCACCCGCGGCUACAACACCACCCACGGGGGCACCCGCGGCGACAACACCAACCGAGGCGGCGUCAACAUGAACAUAGCAUGCUCCAUGUACAAAACAAAAUCAAUCAGUUUAUUUUUCAA